CCCUUUCUAGCCCCGUACAAGGCUCCGCGGAGCCGAUUGUUGCAGAGCGACGCCAGUUGGCUCGCGUGGUCAGAAUGGUCAACCUGCUCAGAUGACUGCGGAUCAUGUGGAGUGCAUAUGAGGACCAGAACUUGCCUUACAACGAAUGCACAAUGCGUGUGUGAAGGACAGUCCACACUGAUUGAAUACUGUAAUCUGGAAAUUUGUCGUUAUCCUCGAUCAACGUGCUGCUACAAUCUAAAGGUUACCUCGCACAAUGGAAUCUUUGCAUGCCUUGGAAGUAAUUCCUCUGCUGGAGUACUCUCCCGUCCCUGA